AUGAGCAUCACCGCUUGGACCGACGAGGAUGUUCGAGCAGCCCUCGUCCCCCAGAACGAGUUCCCUACUUGCUCCUAUCGUCGAGGAACUCGAAUAGGUCAAGGUGCAGGUGCCAGCGUUUACAAGGUACUCAACGUCAAAACCGGAGGCCUAUUCGCCGGCAAGGUCGCUCCUCAGUAUGCCGAUCACCUACGAGAGGAAGCCAGAAACUUGACUAGACUGAACCAUCCCCAUAUUGUCAAGUUCAUCGAAUACUGUGAAGACAAGCACAACCCAGACGCUAACGUCCUCAUUAUGGAGCUCUGUGCCGGGGGUAGCCUUCAAGACAAGAUUCAUGACAAUUCCAGAGGCCUCAGGGGUGAAGAGACCUUGCAGGUGAUGCUCCAGGUCGGACGGGCCGUGGAGUAUCUCCAUGGCAAGGGACUCUUUCACACGGAUAUCAAGCCGCGGAAUAUUUUGAUCCGAUCCUGGUCCCCAAUUGAUGUUGUCCUCGGUGACUGUGCUGAAGUCAUGAAGGUCGAGCAGAUUGACCCCCGCCAACGACCAUACGGAACGCGCUCAUACUGGUCGCCCUAUAUGGAAAAGUAUGGCAGAAACCAUGGCAAGAGCGACGAUAUCUGGGCGCUCGGGAUUUCACUUCUCGGGAUGAUGGCCCAGUGGCCUCGUUGCCUUGUCAAGCAGGAAAAAUUGUACCCAAGAAAGUGCUUUAAUCAUGCACGGGAGCUGCACAAGCUCAAUCCUGAUGAUGGCCGUCUAAAGAUCCUACUGCGCCUACUGGAGUGGGAACACCACCGGCGGAUCACCGCUUCCCAGCUGGUGAAGCUCAUAAGUGAGCGUCUUGAGGCUCGCCCUAAUUUUGUCGAGGAGCUGAAGUCCCCUGAGGGCUUCCAGCCUUUGGUGUUUUGGUAG